CAAGCGCUAGCACCAAUCAGCACACAAUGCAGGGAUUCGCUUCCAUGCGCAGCCAAUGGGCGUUUGGAUACAGGGCGGGGCUUGACGUUACCACGGCACGGGCAACGUCAAGUAUAAAGGGAAUAACAUGGUGCUGUUGAGUGCAUGUUUACGUUAAGGGAGGACAACAGAAAGAGAUCUAAUAGCCUACGAAUUUAAUUUAAAACGCCUUUUAUAGUCUAGUUUUUUAAAUUCACACUGUAUUUUGGUAUGUGAUUGCCUAACUACUCAUGUGCCGCUUGUCCCAAUGGAAAGGGGGUUUCAGUUUGGAAACGUGUGCACAUCCCUGCUGCUGCUGCUUGUUUUGGGAACGUUAACGGUUACUUUGAAAAGUCAGUUUCUCUCAGAGAGAGAACUCAAAGUGGCUCCGACGCCAAACACCGAGACGCCGCAACAUGCUGCCGUUAUGGAGCGGCCACGGGACAGCGUCGGAGGAGCCCCUGGCAUCGGAGAAGUGACCGUAGAGGACGACGAGUACGGCUCGACCGGGGAGAGCGAAGAGCCGUCUGGAGACAGCGACGCAAACUUCCAUAAGCAGCGGAGGGUUCUGGUCAUCAUCAGCACACUGGAUGGGAGAAUCGCUGCUCUGGAUCCUCUAAACCAGGGACGCAAGCAGUGGGACCUGGAUGUGGGCUCAGGCUCUCUAGUGUCCUCUAGCCUCAGCAAACCAGAGAUUUUUGGGAACAAGAUGUUCAUUCCCUCUCUGGAUGGAGCUCUGUUUCAGUGGAACAGGGACAGGGAGAGUAUGGAGGCUGUUCCAUUCAGUGUUGAGUCCCUGCUGGACUCCUCGUACCGCAUCGGAGAGGACACUGUGAUUGUAGGGGGCAAGUCCCUCACCACAUAUGGCCUUGGCGCAUACAGCGGCAAGUUGAAGUAUAUUUGUUCAGUAGUGGGCUGCAGUCGGUGGGGAGACGAGGAAGGAGAGCCAGAGGACGUACUGUUAUUCCAGAGAACACAGAAAACUGUCAGAGCCGUGAGGCCUCGCAAUGGGUUUGAGAAAUGGAACUUCAGCGUGGGAAACUUUGAGCUAAAAUUCAUCCCAGAAAUUCAGUCCAACAUCAACUUUCUGGAGGGGGAGGCAUCUAAUGGGGAGACGUGGCGAGAGGUCAGACAUGAAGCACAACGCGUCAUCCAAGAGGAAACCGACGCACAAACCAAAAAUCAUGCAAAUACGCAUCCAAACUCGCACACUCGGGUAGAGGGCUUAGACCUGGUCAUUAAGGUUUCUGUGCCGGACUGGAAAGUCAUGGCCUUCAGCACCAAACCAGAAGGACAGCUGAUCUGGGAGCAUCAGUUUUGCACACCCAUUGCCUCUGCAUGGUUGGUAGGAGGGGGGAAGGUGACACCCAUUAGCCUGUUCGAUGACAACUCUUAUAACUCCCACACUGAGACUGAAGCUCAGGAGGAUGAUGACAUCAUGGAGGAGGCCCGCGGGGCCACAGAGUCCAGCGUUUACCUGGGAAUGUUUCAGGGUCAGCUGUAUCUCCAGUCCUUUGUGAGAAUCUCCGAGAAGUUUCCAUCAAAGCCCAAAGCUCUGAAUGGUUGGAGCAGUAACAGUGACAUGAUGCCACCACCUAUGGUCAAAUGGAAACCCCUCAUCCAUUCCCCUUCCCGUACUCCAGUCCUGGUGGGCUCUGAGGAGUUUGAUAAAUGUCUGAAUAAUGAUAAAUUCUCUCAUGAGGAGUACAGUAAUGGAGCUUUGUCAAUACUGCAGUACCCGUAUGAUAAUGGCUACUACUUUCCAUACAGUCCUCGUUACCGCAACCGGCGUGAUGAGACGGCAGUGAGUGUUCUGCUGAAGAAAGAUGGAGAGGGGUCACAGGUGAGAAGGAAAGACCCUGUGCUGCUUCUGCCGUGGUGGAAAGAGAUUCUGGGUACCAUCAUCUUCUGCAUCGCUGCCACCACCUACAUUGUCCGCAAGUUCUUCCACCCACCCACAACAUAUGUCCGGCAACGAAAGGAGUCUGAGACUCAGUGUCAAACUGACAGCAAGUUUGAACUGGACGUUUCAGAACCCAAAGAAGUUGUUGUCACAGAGACACGUCCCUGUGAAUAUGUCUCUAGGUACUUGACAGACUUUGAGCCAGUGCAGUGUUUGGGACGUGGUGGAUUUGGUGUUGUGUUUGAGGCACGCAACAAAGUGGACGACUGCAACUAUGCCAUCAAGAGGAUCCGUCUACCCAACAGGGAAUUGGCCCGUGAGAAGGUCAUGCGAGAGGUGAAAGCUCUAGCUAAGCUGGAACACCCAGGCAUCAUCCGUUACUUUAACGCUUGGCAGGAGAGCCCGCCGCAGGGCUGGCAGGAGGACAUGGACAAAUGCUGGCUCAAAGAUGCGAGUACCGCUGACUGGCUGCUGAGCUCUCCUGAUCACAUGGAGGCGUUCUCAGUCAAGGUUCCUGUGGCCACUCCUUCUCCAGUGGACUCCUCAUGCAUGUGUGCGACUGGUGGGGACAUGAGCGUGUGCGUCGGGGAUCAAGUGUGUGUGGAGGGCCUGGGGCCGCACAGUAUGAUGUCAGAGCGUGACAGUCAGGCUGACCCAGACGCUGUCCUGGAGGUCUCAGAUUCCCCACACUCCUUUGAGCUCUGCCCUCCCCGCACAGUUACUCACGGCGACUGCACUUCUUCCUCCUUCGAUAUCGUCUUCGAGGACUCAGGUUGUGAACACCAGGACAAUGACAGUGACGGAAGUACACCAGUGCCACCUGCGUGCCUUUCACAGUCUGACCCCAAACCUCAGUGUAGUGUAUCAGCGGGACCUCCCGCUUCCUUACCUUCAAGGCCCACCUCUCUGAGCCUGGCCCCCAGCACCCCCUGUCCUGCCACGCGGCCCCCGCUCACACCUAAGGUCUACUUGUACAUUCAGAUGCAGCUGUGCAGGAAGGAGAACCUAAAGGACUGGAUGGCUCAGAGGUGUCUGCCUGAGCUCAGGGAACACACUCAGUGUCUGGACAUCUUCUUGCAGAUCGCAGAAGCUGUGGAUUUCCUGCAUAGCAAAGGGCUUAUGCACAGAGAUCUUAAGCCAUCUAAUAUCUUCUUCACAAUGGAUGACGUGGUGAAGGUGGGAGACUUUGGACUGGUCACUGCCAUGGAUCAGGAGGAAGAUGACGAGGAGCUGAGUACCCUCACACCAAUGCCAGUCUAUGCCCGUCACACUGGCCAAGUGGGCACUAAACUCUACAUGAGCCCUGAACAGCUGUCUGGGAAUUCUUAUUCUCACAAGGUAGACAUAUAUUCCCUCGGCCUGAUUCUUUUUGAGCUUCUCUAUCCAUUCCGCACCCAGAUGGAGAGAGUCAGGACUCUCACAGAGGUCAGAGCCCUGCAGUUUCCUGUUGCUUUUUGUAAGGCCAAUGCCCUGGAAGUAAGUUUGUUUGCGUUUUGGUUCUCAACUAUUUUAACUCAAAGGCCCCCUAUAUUUAAACUGGAGCUGGAGGUGCCCUGCAGAAUCCGACAACGCACUCGAACGUACAGCGCUUCAUCUGCAGGACGACCGUCGCGACAGAUAUCCUCAUCAAACUAGAACUCCCACUCAAAGACAGACACAUACUGUGCCUCAUCUGCAGGAUGACAAACACAACCAGUCACCACCUCUUAGAACGCACAUCAUUCAGACACUUUUGUACAGAUAAAGAGCAGAUAAACUGAGCCCAACUAAACAGAUCAUUCCACAAACCUCUACAACUCGUAACCAUAAAACAAGCUGCACGCUGUGGCGUUUGUGCCAAGGGCAUUCAGUGAUUUACAAUAAGCCCCCCAUUGCAUUUCUUUCAACUCAUAGUUGACCAAUCCCAUGAUUCCAUGCUCCGGAAACAUUUUAACACUCCCACACACACACACUUGCUGUAGGAGGAGAGUUGUUGUUUUUCCAGUGCUAACGAAUGCUGAUGAAUGACCUGCCUUUGAAUGCCGUUCACUCUGCAUGUCUUAAACAGGAAGUUGUGCGACGUGUGCUUUCCUGUCCGAACGGAAAGUUGUAGGAGUUAUUUUUCUCCUCUAAUGUAAAUAGGCUAAAAUAAUAAGCAGGAGAGGGUUUGUGUGCUUUAAAGGUGCUCGUUCAAGACUGAACGCACAAGUUCAGUGGCAUUAUAGCCACUCGUGGUUACAGUGUUAGUGGCUUAGGUGCACAUUACUGGAUGAACAUGAAUCUGCAUAUGCCUGAGCGGAUGUGGAAAUAUUCAAACUGCCUUUAAGCUGGACUUUAAGACAUGAAUGACACGUUUGUGAUGAUGGUCAGUAUGAGACUUAGAACUGAGACUUUAAACAUCAUUCUGUAAAAUACUUCAUGUCAUUAGCACCCAGAAAGGUAGUUUACUGUAUUUCGAAUAAUUUUGAAACACAUUUUUCCUAAAAAAAAUAAAAACUGAAUAAGAAGUGCUUUGACUAAUUACACAAUAAGAAAGGAUACAGCUGGAGGAAUCACUUCAACCAAAUAUUCAGCACAUACCCUUAAUUGUAACAUAUCAGGUAAUUACUGAUUGUGUGAUUUUUCUUGCCAAUUUUGAUUAGAAGGACUCAAUUUUCUUUUGUAUAUGAUGGAAUUUUCUGUAUAGUAACUGCUUUUUAUGACUUUUUUUUUUUUUCAACUUCUAUGGACAAUUUUCCUAAGAAUUUUUGUCAAAGUUUGAGAGAAUGGCGAUAAGAGUGGAUCUUUAUGGUCUCUGGUGAUGGAUUUGAUCUCUGUGGUCGUGUUAAAGAGCACUGGGUGCCUCUGCACCUUAAGGAACCGCUUCUGUAUGUAUGUGAAUACUGGUGUGUUUCCUGAACGGGCCUUUAUGCAGCAGAACGGACAUGAGAUUAUGACCUUUGACCCUUAAUCAAGAGGACUGCAUCCUGUAAUCCACGUCAGGGACCACUUAUGAACCCUUCACCUUUUAACCUGUAUCUGUGACCCCGACCCAGUGAAGAGAGCAACAAGUGCUGAUCCUGUUUGUUUCGAUCACUGUGGCAAAUCCUUCCACCAGAUCUUUCCCUGCUUAAUGAUCUUCUUCAGUCUCUUGAUUUAAAUCGGUUUUAUUCAUGUCUGGUUCAUUGUUGUUAAUGUAGCAUUUGGUUCUGACAAUUCAGUUUCUCCAGUGUUUUUCAGAUGUUUUGUUUUUCCCUGUGACUGUUGAAAUCCCAGUUCAUUCUUUAGCCCAGCCUUGUCUCCUGCCGUCUUUGUAAAUAUGUUAAUUUGUUUUUAUUUAUGUUGAGUACAAAAAUCAAUCCGUUGGAUUGGUUGAGGUAUAAAUAAGGUAUAUGAAUGCACUUCAUCCAGUGGAGUGCGUUGAAAUAUUGUGACUUCUUACAAGUCAGAAUUUAAUAAACAUUCUAUGAUGUUU